AUGUUUUACGCGGGAUAUGGUUACCAUGCUAGUAAUUUUGAGCAAACGUACCGCUGCUAUCCAGCAUCUUUUUUUGACAAGCCACACCUGGAAGGUGGUGACAAAGUAAUAAUGCCGCCAUCUGCCCUUGAUCGUCUGGCUUCCCUGCACAUUGAGUAUCCUAUGCUAUUUGAACUGCACAAUGGUGUCACCGACAGGAUUUCACACUGUGGUGUAUUGGAGUUUGUAGCAGAAGAAGGCAUGAUCAUCAUGCCCUACUGGAUGAUGCAAAACAUGCUUCUUCAAGAGGGUGACAUUGUACGUGUCAAGAAUGCUACUCUUCCCAAGGGUACAUAUGUGAAGCUGCAGCCUCACACGACUGAUUUCCUGGACAUCUCGAAUCCCAAAGCCAUCUUGGAGAAAACUCUAAGAAACUUCUCUUGCUUAACCACGGGCGACAGCAUCAUGGUAGCUUACAACAACAAACAGUAUUAUAUUGAUAUUGUUGAAGCAAAACCUGCUUCUGCAGUUAGCAUUAUUGAGACAGACUGUGAGGUGGACUUUGCACCUCCUCUUGAUUACAAAGAACCUGAAAAACCACAGCGUCCCAUAGUUCCUGCAGGCAAGGCACCUGCUGAAGAUCAAGAGGCUAUCGUUGAAGAUGAACCAAAGUUCAAACCAUUCACUGGUUCAGGAAAACGGUUGGAUGGUAAGGGCCCAAAACAACCAGCACCUGGAGCUUCUUCGGCCACUGCGGCUGCACGUUCUGCGCCUUCAGACUCAAACAAAAGGGCAAAUCAGCAAACUGCAUCACCUUCAGGAGCCAGCACAUCCACGCGCCAGAAAACAGGAAAGCUUGUGUUUGGUUCAAGUGCAAGCAGCAAGAAAGAAGCAGAAGCACAGAAGGAGCCUGCUAAAGGGAGUGAGCCUCCGAAGAAGGAAGAGCCGAAGUUCAACGCGUUCACAGGAAAGAGCUACUCCUUGAAGCGUUAG